CUAUGUGUUUUUUCAUUAAAACAUGAUUGGUUUUUGAGGUUGCAUGCAAUCAGUUUCAGUUUAAUAUUAUAUAGAACAAUAAUUUUGUACGAACCCUUGAUUCUUUAACGUUUUAUUCAGCGGAAUUAAUUUGUUAUGUAGAUGUUGUUUUCGCCGAUAACCUUAUCGUGUAUUCGUAGCCCGUGAUCUUCGAAAGUGGAGGUCAUGGGUUCAAGUCUUACCUGGAGCAAAAAUGCUCUUGGUUGAGCCAGAGAUUUUACCACAUUGGAGCUUUGGGCGGUGGGUUUCUUCUGAAAUGGUGAUGGGCUGUCGGGCCCGACCAGCUUUGUGUGUGUUUGUGGGAGUAGAUGUCCUUUUGCCUUCAGGUGAAUAUGGAAAGUAAAUCAGAAAUCUUAGUAAUCUUCCUCUUGUUAUCAACCCUUUUGUGUAUUCGGGCCUUUUCGACAUCAAAUGAUGGGCUCAUUAGGGUCAAUUUAAAAAAACUAAAAUUUGAUGAUACCAAUAGCAUUGCUUCAAACCUGGAUUUGGAUGAGGGGGAUUCAUUAUUAGAGUCUAUUAUAAACUAUGAACAAAGUGGUGAUAAUCUUGUUGAUCCACAAGAGCCGGAUGUUGUGUCACUAAAGAACUAUAUGGAUGCUCAAUACUAUGGUGAGAUCGGCAUUGGCACCCCAGCGCAGAAGUUUACUGUGGUAUUUGACACCGGAAGUUCUAACUUAUGGGUGCCAUCUUCAAAAUGCAGACUGUCGCUACCUUGCCUUUUCCACUCGAGAUAUAGGUCAGGUCGGUCGCAGACCUACAAAGCCAAUGGGAAACCUGCUGCUAUCCAUUAUGGUACUGGAUCAAUAUCUGGAUAUUUUAGUGAAGACAAUGUCCAAGUUGGUGAUCUUGUUGUCAAUGAUCAGAUGUUCAUCGAGGCAACACGGGAGCCUGGUGUGACAUUUUUAGCAGGGAGGUUUGAUGGUAUCCUUGGGCUCGGAUUCAAGGAAAUCUCUAUUGGCGAUGCUGUCCCGGUGUGGGAGAACAUGGUGAAUCAACAUCUAGUUAAGGAUCAGGUGUUUUCCUUUUGGUUGAACCGGAAAUCUGAAGAUGGAGAAGGAGGUGAAAUCGUGUUUGGUGGUGUUGAUCCGAAACACUUCACUGGUGAGCAUACUUAUGUUCCAGUCACACAAAAGGGUUAUUGGCAGUUCGAUAUGGGAGAUGUUCUUGUAGGUGGAAAACCAACCGGGUUUUGCACGAGUGGAUGUUCAGCCAUUGCAGAUUCAGGAACUUCAUUAAUAGCAGGCCCAUCGGAGGUGAUCAAGCAAAUAAAUGAUGCCAUCGGAGCUACAGGAUAUCUUAACGAGCAAUGUCAGAAAGCGGUUAGAUUUUUUGGAAGCCAUGUGUUUGACCAACUUGCAACAUCGGUUGGAAAUGCAACACAGGUUUGUGCCCGUAUUGGAGCCUGUCCUCGACAAGUUGGUGUAUCUAGCAUUGGCAUUAAGAGUGUUGUAGAUAGGAGUGAGGAUGUAUCAUCUGGAAUUGAGGACACCCCGCCAUGCACCGCGUGUAAGAUGAUAGUUUCCUGGACGCAUAAAGAGCUGGUGAAGAAUCACACCCGAGACAGCAUUUUAGGUUUGGGCAGUGAUCUUUGUACUGUGAUACAGAGUCCGUUGGGACAGUCGUCAGUUGACUGCGCUAAAAUUACGUCUUUGCCUACUAUCUCAUUUACCAUUGGUGGCAAAGAAUUUGAACUUUCUCCUGAUCAGUACAUACUUAAGGUUGGUGAAGGCGCAAGUACACGUUGCAUUAGUGGUUUCAUUGCAUUGGAUAUCCCUCCUCCACGUGGCCCGCUCUGGAUACUGGGAGACACUUUUAUGCGUCCUUACCACACCAUAUUCGACUAUGGUAAUGCGCGAGUUGGAUUCGCACAAGCGGUAUAGAACGGGAUAUCAUAAUAAAAGGUGGUACUAGUUCUGAUGAACCUACUUUCUUUGUUUGGGUCAUGGAAAAGUGUUAUGUUUAAUAAUAGUAACUUGUUUCAAGUGCUUUAAAGGACUUGCGUGUAAAUACGUUGUUCUACGUGCUGUCGUCGAUCAGAAUGUGUUAUUACAAUUGCUUGAUA